AUGGGGGGCCUACUGCGCUGCCUGGCCGAGGUGAGCCCGCUGCGCUUCCGCUGCACCGAGUGCCAGGACAUCGAGCUGUGCCCCGAGUGCUUUUCGGCCGGCGCCGAGAUCGGCCACCACCGCCGCUACCACGGCUACCAGCUGGUGGACGGCGGGCGCUUCACGCUGUGGGGGCCCGAGGCCGAGGGCGGCUGGACCAGCCGCGAGGAGCAGCUGCUGCUGGACGCCAUCGAGCAGUUCGGCUUCGGAAACUGGGAAGAUAUGGCCGCUCACGUCGGAGCUUCCCGGACUCCCCAGGAAGUGAUGGAGCAUUACGUAAGCAUGUACAUCCACGGCAACCUGGGGAAGGCCUGCAUCCCUGACACCAUCCCCAACCGGGUGACAGACCACACCUGCCCCAGUGGAGGCCCCCUGUCGCCCAGCCUCACUACCCCCUUGCCUCCCCUAGACAUCUCGGUGGCUGAGCAGCAGCAGUUGGGCUACAUGCCGCUGCGGGACGACUAUGAGAUCGAGUAUGACCAGGACGCCGAGACGCUCAUCAGCGGGCUCUCGGUGAACUACGACGACGACGACGUGGAGAUCGAGCUGAAGCGCGCGCACGUGGACAUGUACGUGCGGAAGCUCAGGGAGAGGCAGCGGCGUAAGAACAUCGCGCGGGACUACAACCUGGUGCCGGCCUUCCUGGGGCGGGACAAGAAGGAGAAGGAGAAGACGGCCAAGCGCAAGAUCACCAAGGAGGAGAAGGAGCUGCGGCUGAAGCUGCGGCCGCUCUACCAGUUCAUGUCCUGCAAGGAGUUCGACGACCUGUUCGAAAACAUGCACAAGGAGAAGAUGCUGCGGGCCAAGAUCCGCGAGCUGCAGAGGUACCGGCGCAACGGCAUCACCAAGAUGGAGGAGUCGGCCGAGUACGAGGCGGCGCGGCACAAGCGGGAGAAGAGGAAGGAGAACAAGAACAGCGCGGGCUCCAAGCGCGGCAAGGAGGACGGCAAGGACGGCGAGUUCGCCGCCAUCGAGAACCUGCCGGGGUUCGAGCUGCUGUCGGACCGCGAGAAGGUGCUCUGCAGCUCUUUGAACCUGAGCCCCGCGCGCUACCUGACCGUGAAGACCAUCAUCAUUAAAGACCACCUCCAGAAACGGCAGGGCAUCCCCUCCAAGAGUCGCCUUCCCAGUUACUUGGACAAAGUCCUCAAGAAAAGGAUUUUAAACUUCCUCACGGAGAGCGGUUGGAUCUCCCGGGACGCUUCCUGAAGCGAUCCUGGCAAAGCUGGGCCGCUGCUGGAAUCGCCCGGGAGCCAGGCCGCCCGGGGCCGGGGGAGGGGCAGGGGCAGGGACCGCUUUUCCCGCCGUUGGUCUUCUGUAAGCAAAUCGCGUUCCUUUUUCUAGGGUAUAAAUUCUUUUCAUGGGCCUCUGAGAGAAGCAAUAGUAAGUCUUAGAUCAUGGGGGAAACAAAUACAUGUACGUUGUACCUUGGUCCCAAAAGUGACAGUUUAAGAUGACGAUUUGCCUUUCUGUGUUCAGUUUGGAGAGUAUGAUGAGAUUGGAUGAUUUCCUCUCGUGAGUUUCCCUGUGGUGCAUAACUGUUGUGCCGCGGGUGACGGGAGCAGCUGUCCCUGCUGGGCCGCCGGCCGCCAGCGUUACCCUGCGGUACAAGCCCCGGCACGUGGCACUUUAGGUGGGGCCGCGGGGCAGGACGAGGUCUUCUUGGAACUUGAGGCCUACGUCGAACUCAGUGACCAGAUGCGCGUCCCCUGGACUGCUUGGCGGCGGCAGAGCUGAGCUCGUAGUCCCCAAGUCCCAUGCCGCCCCUGGCCUGUGCCUCCGGGCGCUGCCCCCGCCAGCCGCCUAGUGCAGCCAGGACGCCGCCACAGGGCCAGCGUGGACGCCCAGGACGCUGAGCCAGCCUCCCUGGGGCCGCUGCUGGCCGCUUUUUGUGCUAGCUGUGCAGUUUAGUUACAAGAACUCAUUUUAGAAAGAUCGUGGCCGAGAGUGCUGAGUUCUGGCGUUAGCUUCCUCCAGAAUUUUCAUGACAGUGUCAACUACCUUUUUCACUGGGACUCUGACCAAGCUAGCCCAGCAAGCAUCUCACCAGGCAUCUGCAGACCAGCCAGGUGAGAUGGGGCGGCUCACAUGGCUGGGCCGGGCUGAGGCCGGUGCGCUGCUCCUCUGGGGCACUGGUCACUGUCCUGAACCAGACUCAGACGUGGCUUCCGCCCAGCCCUCAUUAGAAGUUUUUCAGGGCCCUCUUUCAUGGCUACAUGGUACCUUCCUUCUGGAACUUGAGUCAGUCAUUUGUCUUCCGGCUGCUCAGGGUUCUCACGUCCAAGACCCUGCUUUAGAGUCUGUGGAGUGACCGGGGGGACCCAGCGCUCCAUCCCUGCCCCUGCUUGCCCUGCUCCUCCCGCCCCCAUAGCUACCAAGAGACUGUUUACCUCCCAGAACGUUUGGGCUUGAAGUUCCAUUAAAGUGAAGUUAUUUGAAAGAAAACAAACCCUCAUUAUUUCCAAGGACGACUUAAUUACGGUGCCUUUUCCUUUCUUUUACAUCCUCUGUCCCCCUAGAGUAAAUUUUUCAGCAUUAAAUAAAACCUAUCAGAUCUGUCAUAACUGGCUUUAGUUGUAAAGUACUUGCAUGCUGGCGAGAAGGUCUUGUUAGCUGAGCGGGGGACUUCUCUGACAACAGUGAGCGUGGUUGCUCCUGAGGGCCACCUCCACACGGUCCCCUGCGGGAUAAGUGCCGCUGACACAGAGCAGGUGUCGCCUUCCACUGAGCAGUGAGGGAGCGGGUGCUAAGGUUUCACAGCUUUCUUGGCCAGUGGUUGUCACCCGGGGUUCCUGGACCAGCAGCACCAGUCUCCCCUGGGAACCUGCUAAGAUGCAGGCGCUCAGGCCCCACCCAGUCCCCCAGAGUCAGAAAUGAGGGGAGGGCCUACGGAGCCGUUCGCGCCAGCCUUCCAGGUGGCCGGGAUGACGUUGGCGCCCCACUGGCUUUAGCUACCCCGGCGUCGUCAUCCCAUGGAUUUUCUACAUCAGAUGCCGUUUGGUGAGGUUUUAAACUUAGUCUUAUUUUUAUAUAAAAUGAUUGCCAGACUUUCAUUAAGCUUGAGAAGCAAAACAUCCCUGUAAAUGUGUGGCCCAGGCCAAGAGCUGUCAAAUGAAAACUUUGUGCUUACGCAGAUUUUUAGUAUGUAUAUCUUUUUGAUGGUAUGAAGAAUUUAUUUAGGCUUGACUGUUUGAAAACACCAUAAUGAAUGUAUAAUUAAUUUAUGUUAAAGUAUUAACACUUUGUUACGAAAGUACUUUUAUGAUUCGUUGCCUUUAUCCCAUCACCUCCAGCUAUGACUGUCACAUUAGUCCCCAUCCCUGCUGUUAGCUCAGAGCCUUUACGUUUCUGUAUUUAAUUCUCAUGGUACACUAGUCACCAUAAUCCCAUGGAAUUAGGUCUUUUCAAAAUUUCAACUCUUAACUUUGAGUCAAGUUCGGUAAUUCAGCUAUUCUAAAUACUCUGGACGGCCAGCAUUCCAAGAAUGUAUUAAAACCGAAACUCUGACUGCUGUUUUUAUUGCCCUUUUACAUAUUAAAACAAGUUGAGAACAAAA